AUGAAAGUGGAAAAUCAGAAUCAUAAUCACAGUUUAAAAAAUAGACAUGACAAUGAAAUCAAAGAAUUAUUUUACGGUGAAUUAUCAGAUCUAGACGGUGAAUGUGAAGAAUGUAGAAUACUUGAAAGUGAUUUGAUCAAUUCGAAAUUUAGUAUUAAACAAUUAUUUAAUUAUGAAAAACUUGACGAAAAUACUCUUAAAAUAUUUUGGUUAAAACUAAAAGAGUAUAAAUUCCAUAAAACGAUGGCAAUCAUAUUGAAAUUUAACAAAAUUAAACAUCUUAAAGAUGAUGACAUUCCAGUCAAAUUGGAUUUUUCAAUAAUAAUGACAGAACCUGAUUUGACAACUAUUACUUGGAGAAGUGUUGAAUGGAUACAAAUGCAACCAGAUGGGUUGAAUUCAAAUAACGUAUUAGAUUAUUUUGCUGAAUCCCCAUUCUGGGAUCCACAAUGUAGCAAUAAUAUUUUGAAAAUGCAAACUCGUUAUAAUGAAUUGAAAGAUAUUACUUCUAAUCUAAGAAAAAUGAAAGGAAAUGAAUUUCAAGUUGUAGAUGAAAAGCCACCAUAUUUAUGGGUGAUUAGAAAACAAUAUAGGUUAACAGAAUUUGAAGUGAGACCAGUAGCUACUUAUUAUGUAUUAAAUUUCAACAUUUACCAAGCACCAGAUUUAGAUUCCAUUAUUGGCAAUAGAAUUUUAACAAGCAUUUAUCAAUUAAGUUUAGCCUUUAAUACAGCAUACAAACAUGUAGAUUUUCAUCCUGCAACAGGUUAUUCUUGGAGGCCAACAGCAUCAUCAACAAAAUCGACAAAAUCAUCAGCGGCAGAAGUGACAAAAACAACCGCUGCUACUGCUGCUGCCGGGGCAACAACAUCAUCGUCAAUAUCAUCACCAUCAACAAUAAGUAGUGAUGGUGAUAAUAACAAUGAAUUAAAUCAAAAUAUUAUUAAUGACAACACAAAAAAAUCACGAAUCAUUCAUCAAGAACCAUUAGAACAAAUAGAAUUUCGUAUGGGAGUAGAUAGAGUUUUAAAACAUAUUAAUGUAAACACGGAGCGGCAAUUACGUCAUGUUGAUGAAUUACUGAAUAGGCCACCAUCACCACCACCUACAUUACAAGAUAAUAACAUAAUAUCGAAAAAUGAACCAAACAUUUUAAUGACUAGUCCCACUUUAAUAUCUCCUUCACAAAUUGGUGCAGAAUCAUCUGUUACUAUGCAAGAUCAAAAUAUUAAAAGACGUAAAAAAAGUGAAGAUUCUGGUAAAAAGAAAAAGAAAAGUACUGGCAGUGUUUCAGUAUUAGAAAGCCUUUUAGAAGAAGACUGGGAAAAUAAAAAAAAUGUGUUUGGAGAUGUCUUUAAAAAUAAUUAUAUUUCAGAUCUCGAUCUGCGUUUAGCAAUAACGUCAGGACACCAAAAGGAAUACGAAGGGAUUCUUAAAAAUGACGUCCUUUUCUUAAAGGGCAAUAAUUUAGAAUCUAUUGAUUUGAAAGAAAGGUAUUUGGUUUAA